AUGUCACUUCAAGUUGCGAGUGCUGGAAAGGACAAAGCUGAAUCUAGUUUAAAUACGAGCAUUGCACUUUCGGAUGAAGUAAAAGAAAACCCUUUUGUGCUGUCGUCCAUGUGUCGUACUCCUAGCUGCGAAUGGAAUGAAUGGGAGGACACGUUUGAUAUCUUCAGUUCUAUUUCAAGCAGUCUACAAGACGUGGACGUCGCUACCGACGUGGAAGUUGACCAAUACAUGCUUGCAGAUGUUGAUAACUUCUUCGAGCCGGUGACAGACUCAAAUAUUUUACCAAAUUCGCCAAGAUUAAGCGUCGACUUGGACUUCCUUUGCGAUCAAGAGCAGGAUUUAAACGUGCGUCAGGUCGCUGGCAUAGACACGAAAAUCGCACAAAUGCAGAAUACAGUAGCGUGUAAACUCGAGCCACAUUCGCUCGCUACAAUGACAAAAUUGACAGCCCAUCGCAGCCGCAAGCGGAAGACAGCGGAGCUCCGCAACAUUCGAGGGAAGCCCGAAAGACGCGACCAUUCUGGCAAGAAAACAUUACGUAGAGAGCGACUGAAUAGUAGUCUCCAAAGUGCUAAGGAGCAGAUGGAGAUGGUGUACAAACGAAGGUAUGAUAUUUUGUAUACAAUUUUGGAGGCCUGGAACACAGGUGGCAUCGAAGACAUAGAAGAAAUCGCCGAUCAUGUGUACGAAGACGACGUCACACUCAUCAGUCCCGGUUGUUCAAAAAGUUUACAUGGUGUGGAGGCUGUAAUGUCGCAUUGGAGCCAGCUGCUCGAUGUUUUUCCCGAUGGAAUCAUGGAGGAAUAUGUGAUUGAGCGAGACGAAGGCAGCAACGAGACGUUGAAAGCCACAUGGAGAUUUAGUGGCACACAAAUCUGCCCAAUUCUCGGCGUGAAACCACGCCACAAGAAAGUGUGCAUCAAUGGCACGUCGUUUUUCACCUUCAAAGGAGAUCGUAUAUGGCGAAUGGUACUGUCGUGGAAUCUUCGCGAGACGAUGCUAAAGCUGAUGGGCGUGUUUAAAGAUAAAGUAGAGAAUGUUGUACGUGAGACAUCUGUGGGCUCUAUAUGUCCCACGGUCCAAAUGCCACACCCAGGUGUUGUCCGAUCAUAA